AUGUUGUUCCACAUCAAACCAAACAAUCAAACCGUCAUACCAAUCAAAUCAGGCGCCUAUGGCACCGUUUAUAGAGCACGAGAUAAUCUAACUGGUCGCAUUGUGGCUAUUAAAAAAGUUCGCAUUCCAUUGACAGAUAAUGGAGUGCCAAUGUCAACGUUGCGUGAAAUUGCUCUGCUCAAACAAUUGAAUGCCUCCGAUCAUCCGAAUAUUGUCAAACUCUUCGAAGUAUGUCAAUUCCUGGAACGUGAAGGUCAACUAAUGGUCCUCUUAGUAUUUGAACAUUUGGAACAAGAUCUUUCAGAUUUAAUAGAGCGAUUACCAAAAUCUGGUAUGCCACCCACAACAAUACAGCGCCUUUCACGUGAACUAUUAACCGGCGUCGACUUUCUUCACUCACAUCGCAUUAUUCACCGUGAUUUAAAACCACAAAAUCUGCUAAUUUCCUCGCAAGGACAUUUAAAAAUUGCCGAUUUCGGUUUGGCCAAAACAUAUGAUUUUGAAAUGAAAUUAACAUCGGUUGUUGUGACGCUGUGGUAUCGGGCGCCUGAAGUUCUAUUGGCCCAAACAUAUAACAGUUCCGUUGAUAUCUGGAGUUCAGCAUGCAUUAUUGCCGAAAUGUUUUCACGUAAAGCUCUAUUCCCUGGCACAUCAGAAGCAAAUCAAUUGGAUCGAAUAUUUGAAUUAACAGGACGUCCAACAGCCCAACAAUGGCCAAGAACGAUAUCGUUAUCACGAGAACAUUUUCCUGCGCGGCAUCCCAAACAACCGAGGGAUUUAUGUCCUAAUCUUUGUGAAUAUGCAAAUGAUCUGCUGGCACAAAUGCUGUCGUAUGAUUUACGUUUACGACCCUCAGCAUUGGCCUGUCUAGAGCAUGAAUAUUUUCAGCAGGAACCUUUGUAAAAAAUUAUUUAUUUAUUAUUUUCUUUUUUGUUUAGUUUAU